AUGGCGCUGUGCCAAGCAGUACGUCGACGGGCCGUGCAGCUCACUCUUCAGCUCCGAGGGGCGUCCUCCCUGCCAAAGUAUCUCGGGCCGGAGGGCGUUGUUGGCUCGCACACCCCCGUCACCAAGGAGCUCUGGAGUGGGCAGCACCGUAGCUGGAGCAGGGAGGAGCUGGAGGCAGCGUACCCUCCCACCAACCCGCAGCCGAAGCCACCAAUCGUCACCACAAUCAACUACCCCUUCAGUGCCAACCUCUUCCUGCGGGAGCAGUAUCGAAAUCCCUGGGACGAGGUCAGGCUGGGCAGACUCCUGGAGGAUCUGGACUCGCUGGCAGGCUUCAUCGCCUUCAACCACUGCAAGGUGGAUGACCCAGUGGCACGCCCCCCCCUCUGCGUGACGGCGGCGGUGGAAGCCAUCGAGCUACGCACCAAGCGCAUAGAUUUGACGGAGGACAUGCAGAUGAGCGGCAGAGUGGCCUGGACGGGAUCCUCCUCCAUGGAUGUGUGCAUGGAGCUGCUCCAGAGUGGGACCAAGCAGCUGGUGGCCCUCUUCACUUUUGUGGCGCGCGACGCGCUGACCAACGCCGCCCAGCGCAUCAGCCCCGUCGUGCCGGAGACGGCGCAGGACAGGGCCCUGUUUGCGCGGCGACAGCAGAUCUCCGACGCCAGGCGGGCCGCCCGGGCCCGCUCCUCCGCCGCCGCCACGGGGCUGCACAGCCAAGGUUUGACCCCGGAGGCGCAGCGCUGGGCGGCCGCGCUACUGGCGGAUGCAAAGCUGCUGGCGACGGCGCCGGCACUGGCGGACCCUCAGGCGCUGCUGGCCUCAGCCACUCGCCUGGAUAGCAGCUUCAUCUGCAUGCCGCAGCAGCGCAACACGUACGGCCGCGUGUUUGGCGGCUUCCUCAUGAGGCGAGCAUUUGAGCUGGCCACCUGCUCUGCCUACAUGCUGUCAGGAACCCGCCCCAAGCUCGUCGAGGUGGACGAGAUCCUCUUCCGGAAGCCUGUGGAUGGCAUGGCUCACGUGCAGGUGGAGGCCUCCGUGACUCGACCGGAGCACGCGCUCACUACCAUCACCAACACCUUCAACUUCCAGUUCACGUUUGACUUGAGAAAGGGGCCAGGCGGUGCCUGCCUCCCACCCCGGGUCGUCCUGCCAACCACAGAGGAACAGGCGUUGGAGGUGGCCAGAUUCUUCGGCCCCGGCGCAUCUCCCGAGCGCUUCUACAAGAUGCUGUGA